AUGGCACCCCCCCGGAUGGUGAAGGAGACCCAAAAACUCACCGACCGAAUAGCAACCCUCAAUUGCUUCAUGUCAAAGUCAGCUGACCGCUACCUACCCUUCUUUUGUGCCAUCAAGAAGCUAAAAGAGUUUCAAUGGACGAAGGAGUGCCAGCGUGCCUUUGACGAGCUCAAGGCGUACCUUACUUUGCCUCCCCUUCUCACCCGGCUGACCGAAAGGGAAACCUUGUACCUAUACCUCUCAGCCAGAGAUGAGGCAAUCAGUUCAGUCCUCAUCAAGGAUGAUGGCGUGCAGAAACCGGUUUACUAUGCUAGCAAGGUCCUUUGCGACGCCGAAACCAAGUACCCCGAGGUAGAGAAGUUGGCUCUCGCCCUCGUGGUUUCAGCAAGGAAGCUUUGGCCAUACUUUCAGGCCCACACUGUAGUGGUCCUGACAAACCAAACCCUCAAGGCUGUCCUCAGCAAACCCAAGGUCUUGAGACACCUGACGAAGUGGGUCUUUAAGCUAUCUGAGUUUGAUGUUCAGUACCGGCAGAGACCCGUGAUCAAAGUACAAGCCUUGCCCCCAGAAAAUGCUGAGGGGGAUCAUGUGGACGACGAGGCUCAACUUCAAUGGAAGCUCUUUGUCGAUGGUUCAUACAAUGCUAAAGGAAGCAGAGCGGGCCUCGUCCUCCUCACCCCAGAUGAUGUUGUCCUGGAGUAUGCGUUAAGGUUUGACUUCCUUGCAUCAAACAAUGAAGCCGAGUACGAGGCCCUCCUCACUAGUUUGCAGCUUGCUAGCGACCUCGGCUCCUCAUACAUAGAAGCCUUCAACGACUCUCAACUGGUGGUAAAUCUGGUGAAUGGCGAGUAUGAGGCUAGGGAACAAAGUAUGUCCAAGUACCUCACUAAAGUCCAAGAUAUAGCCCGCCACUUCCAACGCUUCUCCUUGCAACGGGGCCCGCAAGCUAAGAACACACGAGAUGACGCCCUCUCUAAGUUGGUAAGUACCUCGAGCGGAUCCCCUGGCCAUAUUGUGCACGUCGAGAAGUUGCUUCGGACCUCCAUUGAAGAAACCCGAGUACUCCCAAUAGAGGCCAAACCUUCAUGGAUGGAUCCCAUCGUCAACUUCCUAUCAAUUGGACGGCUGCCCGAAGACAGAAAUGAGGCAAAGUGA